GCAGAAGCCAGAGAGAGAGACAGAGAGAGAGACAGAGACUAAGAGUGGGAGAGCCGGGCUGAGUGCUACUAUCUGGGACUGACAGUUGUCAGGAUGCCAUCAGAGCGGCCAUUUAAGCACAGGAGAAGCUUCGCUGAGCGAUGUGCAGAAGUACGGCAAAUUCGUGAGCAACAUCCCAAUAAAAUUCCGGUUAUUAUAGAGCGAUACAAGGGGGAGAAACAGCUGCCUGUGUUGGAUAAAACAAAAUUCCUCGUUCCAGAUCAUGUGAAUAUGAGCGAGCUAGUGAAAAUCAUAAGACGUAGGCUGCAGUUGAACCCCACCCAGGCCUUCUUCCUGCUUGUAAACCAGCACAGCAUGGUGAGCGUUUCCACCCCAAUCUUGGAUAUAUAUGAACAGGAGAAGGAUGAGGAUGGCUUCCUGUACAUGGUGUAUGCCUCGCAGGAAACAUUUGGCCACUGAUGUCCCGAGGAUGCACAAACGCUUGCACGCCAACACAAACCUAACACAUCCAACACAGCUAUGCACAGAAAUACUCUCGCAUAUUGACACUUACAUGUGAUUUCAGCCAGACUUCUUGCCUGUAGAUAAAUAAUCUAUUCUUGCACUAUAACUGCCUCGCACAAAUACUGUUACACAAGCAUUCCACUUACACUCGCAACGCAUUAGUACUGUGUGCUCACACUCAUUUCUGCACACAAAAUCAUACCCUUCGUGCUUGUAUAUACGAGUUCGUGCCUGCACGCACCAAACCAAUCUCCUGGUUGCACACGCACAGUAGUCAUAGUGUCACGCGUGUAACGCACAUAAUUAUAGUUGUUAAACUGCUUCCUUCAACAAAAGUUCUCCUCUUGUGUAACUGUAGAUAUCGUUUUUGUGACCCAUAAUUGUGAGGUUGCACACAGGGCCGCAAAACAUUUUGGGGAAACCUGUGGACAUUUAGGAACGCGAGGACCACUGAACCGUAUAGAAAGAACGCCUUUCCAGUAAAAAUGGAGCCCAGUACAUUUCCAGCCGCAUCAGUGGAGCUAAGGGCAGAGACAGACGAAAAGAUUUGGGGAGAUUUAGUCCACCACUUUGGAAAACGGAGUGCUCCGAGUGCCAUCCCACUGGUGAUUUAGUUUCUAGCUGGCAGGGAGGCAGUUCGGGGCGAUUAGUCGCCCGAAGAAGAGGCAAAUUGUCGCUAGGCAACUAAUCUCCCCAAAUCUCCACGUAUGUCUCUGCCCUAAGGGGUAAAGGAGGCAGUAAGCCUUUGAAAUUAACCCUUUGUUCAUAAAGUAAGGGGGUUGUUCACCUUUGAGUCAACUUUUAGUAUGACGUAGGGAGCGAUUUUCUAGGUUUUCAUAUUUUAUUAUUAAGCUUUUGAGUUAUUUAGCUUUCUAUUCAGCAGCUCUCCAGUUUACAGCGUCGGCAAUUCCUUUGCUAGGGUCCAGAUUACCCUAGCAACCAUGCCUUGAUUUGAAUGAGACUAUGGAGUAUUAAUAGUGGAGGGUCGGAACAGAAAGAUGAGUAAUAAAAAGUAGCAAUAACAAUAAAUGUGUAGCUUUAGAGAGGAUCUGUUUUUAGAGGGGGGUCAGUGACCCCUUUUGAAAGCUAGAAAGCGUCAGGAGAAGAAGGCAAAUAAUUCAUAAACUAUAAAAAAA